UUCACAUUUCCUGCAGUGAGACCUUACUUUUUCAACUGUUACGAAUUUUGGUCGAAGACCAGAAUUCACCAUGAAAUACAGGACGGUGGUGAUGUACGUGGAGAUUGGCUGCUUCGUGUCCUGCUUAUGUGGCUGGAUUCUGGUCUCUUCAACUCUUCCCACAGAGUACUGGACUUUCUCAGAGGUGGGCACCGUAGUGCUGACCACCUCCAACUACUACUCCAACCUGUGGAUGGACUGCAUCUCAGACACCACGGGGGUGUCUGACUGCAAAUACUACCCCUCCAUGCUGGCCCUGCCUGUGUUCUUGCACGCCUGCAGAGCACUGGCGGUCUGUGCUGUCAUUACAGGCUUCUUCGGUGGCGUCCUCACACUCAUAGGGAUGAAAUGUACUAAAAUAGGUGGGACAGAGAUUGUCAAUUCAAGGGUGACAUUUUCUGGUGCUAUCACCUACCUGGCUUCAGGCGGCUGCGGCAUGAUCACCUACUCGUGGUGGGCUAACAGAGUCAUAACUGAAUUUAAGAAUCCAAAUUUCAGGUCACAGAAGUUUGAACUUGGAGCGGCAAUUUUUGUUGGCUGGGGAGGAUCCCUUCUUCUUAUUUGUGCAGGGGCAGUGCUGGCCUAUUUGUCUGGGAAAGAAAUCCUACCAUCAUGCAUUAGUUCCACCCAAAGGCCACAGAGACCAGUUUCCUACACCACUGCCCGUACCAGACGUACAUACAUGAUGCCGCCCCCAUCCUCCAGAGUGACAUUAGUACCCCCACUGUAUAACAAAGGCAUGGAUGGCCGAACAACCAGAGCAACAAAUAAGACAGAUCAAACCUUGGGGAGAGACAGCUUCGUCUGAGCCAGAGGGAACCAAGAGUGAAGAGAACAGGAAACGUAUGAUUACCCAUACAAUAUGAAGCUGUAGCAUAAAGGAGAAAUUGCUCUUACUGGUUGGUGUUGUAAAUUACAUUUGAGUCCACAAGGUGGACGAGGUGUAUUUUGUAUAAAAAUUGGCCAACCUCCUCAAAAUUCCAUGUCUCCAAUCCUCUUUGUACAAGUUCAGUUGCUAAUAUAAGUUAUAAAAUGUUUAACAAUUGGCCUUUAAUGUUUUACUGGUGCAUUUCCUUACUUAUAAUAUUCUGCACCAAUUUUUCUGUUUGCAAGUUUUUUAAUGCUUAAAAUCUCUGCAAUAAAGUUG